AUGGCGUCGUUGGCCCGGGACUGCUCGCUACUUGCUGGAAGGGUGGGCCAAAGUGUGGAACUUUGUAGAAAUAGUACUGAAGCGAGACAGGGUGGUAGAGGGGAAAGAGCGUCCCGGCAGGAGUCAUCAGGCCUCCUGGCCGUGUUACUAACGUUUUGUGUGGCCUUAAACCUGUCGACAUCAGAGAAUGUAGCUGGUCACUACAUUUCCCCCUUUCAUGAUAUUCCUCUGAAGGUGGACUCUAAAGAGGCAAAUGGCAUUCCUACAAAGAGGGCACGAAAUGAUGACUAUGAGAAUUUGUUUAAUAUGAUUGUAGAAGUACCUCGAUGGACAAAUGCUAAAAUGGAGAUUGCCACAGAGGAGCCAUUGAAUCCCAUUAAACAAGAUCUGAAGGAUGGCAAGCUUCGCUAUGUGGCAAAUAUCUUUCCUCACAAGGGUUAUAUAUGGAAUUACGGUGCCCUCCCGCAGACUUGGGAAGAUCCCAGUCGAAAAGAUAAGAGCACAGACUGCUGUGGAGAUAAUGAUCCUAUCGACGUCUGUGAAGUCGGCUCCAAGGUCCUUUCUCGUGGAGAUGUUAUUCGUGUGAAGAUCCUUGGGAUUUUGGCUCUUAUUGAUCAGGGUGAAACAGAUUGGAAAUUAAUUGCUAUCAAUGUAAAUGAUCCCGAAGCCUCAAAGUUUCAUGAUAUUGAUGAUGUUAGGAAGUACAAACCUGGUUACUUGGAAGCUACGCUUAAUUGGUUUAGAUUUUAUAAAGUACCAGAGGGAAAACCAGAAAACCAGUUUGCUUUUAAUGGAGAAUUCCAAAACAAGGCUUUUGCUCUUGAAGUUAUUAAAUCUACUCAUGAAUGUUGGAAAGCAUUGCUUAUGGAGAAGUGUGAUGGAGGGGCUAUAAAUUGCACAAACGUACAGAUAUGUGACAGUCCUUUCCAUUGCUCUGAAGAGGAAGCAAGAUCAUUAGUUGAAUCGGCAUCAUUUUCACCGAAUAAAGGAAGUAAUGAAGAAGACACAGAUCAGGUAUGGCACUUCCUUGGCAAGUGAUUGAAACAUUUGAAGUUCUGCCAUUAGGAUUCCAAACUCCAAGAACUCCAAGGCUCCAUCUCCCCCAAGUGCUAGAAACAGGCAUAUCUCUGAGAAUUUGCUAACUUCUUGUUGAAACUUUUUUUUCAAACGUUUUGGGAUAUGGGAUGUAUAAAUAAACAUUGAAAUUUUUGAAUUA